AUGGAAAUCAAAUCUACCUUCCUCAUCAUCAUUACUUCAUUCAUCUUGUUUUUGUUUUGGCUAACAAAGAAAAUCAAAGCAAGAAGUGUGAUCCAUAAAUUUCCACCAGGACCAUGGAAGCUUCCUCUAAUAGGAAACUUGCAUCAAUUAGCACUAGGAGGAUCACUUCCACACCACACACUUGGAAAACUCUCACACAAAUAUGGACCUCUUAUGCAUCUUCAGCUAGGUGAAAUCUCUGCAGUGAUUGUUUCAUCUCCUGAUUUAGCCAAAGAAAUAAUGAAAACACAUGAUCUUUCUUUUGUUAAUAGGCCACAACUUCUUUGCCCUAAAAUAUUAGCCUAUGAAUCAACCGAUAUUGCCUUUGCUCCAUACGGUGAUUAUUGGAGACAGAUGAGAAAAAUAUGUACAUCAGAGCUUCUUAGUGCAAAAAGGGUUCAAUCUUUUUGUUCCAUUAGAGAAGACGAGGUUGAAAAGUUUAUACAAUCCAUUCAUCAUUUCUCAGUUUCUUCUCAACCACUUGAUCUUACGAAAACGGUAACCUCUUUGGUUAGUUCGUUUGUGACUAGGGCAGCGUUUGGUAGAAAAUCUGAAUAUGAAGAUGAACUCUUGUGUUUGCUCAAGGAAGCAGUGGAAAUGGCAGGUGGUUUUGAUGUUGCUGAUUUGUUUCCCUCAUUUACACCUAUUCAUGUAAUAACCGGUAUGAAAGGUAAACUGGAGAAUAUGCAAAAGAAGUUGGAUAAGAUUUUAGAAAGCAUUAUCAAAGAGCAUCAAUCAAAGUCAAACCAUGGCAUGCAGAGUGAAAAUCUAGUUGAUGUUCUUUUGCGUGUUCAGCAAAGUGGCAGUCUCGAGAUUCCGAUCACAGACGACAAUGUCAAAGCAGUCCUAUGGGAUGUAUUUGCUGCUGGGAGUGAUACUUCAGCAACAGCAAUAGAGUGGACUAUGUCAGAGUUGAUGAAAAACCCUAGCGUGAGAAACAAGGUACAGUCUGAAAUAAGAGAAGCCUUUAAGGGAAAGAACAAAAUUCAUGAGUGUGAUUUACAUAAACUUAGUUACUUAAAAUCAGUGAUAAAAGAAACCAUGAGGCUACACCCACCUGUUCCUUUGUUGCUUCCAAGAGAGUGCAUUGAACCAUGCAAAAUAGGUGGAUAUGAAAUACCUAUAAAAACCAAAGUGAUAGUAAAUGCAUGGCUACUUGGAAGAGAUCCCAAGUAUUGGUAUGAUGCAGAGAAGUUUAUACCUGAGAGAUUUGAUGACACUGGUUUUGAUUUUAAUAAAGUGAAUAAUAGCUUUGAGUAUAUCCCUUUUGGAGCAGGAAGAAGAGUUUGUCCUGGAAUUUUAUUUGGUGUAGCUAAUAUUGAGCUUCCUUUGGUUGCAUUACUGUAUCACUUUGAUUGGGAGCUUCCUAAUGGAAUGAAAGUAGAGGAUUUGGAUAUGGAUGAAGCCUUUGGAGCUGCUGUGGCUAGAAGGAACAACUUGUGUUUGAUUCCUACUCCAUAUGUUUAA